CCCCUGAGCAGCAGGAAUGGAGCUCCAGUCUGGACCAGGAGGACCCAGAGCCCCCCCCCCACACAUUAAAGAGGAACAGGAGGAACUCUCGAGCAGUCAUGAGGGAGAGCAGCUUCAAGGGCUGGAGGAGGCUGAUAUCACCAAGUCCACAUUCACUCCUGUCCCUGUGAAGAGUGAAGAUGAUGAAGAGAAACCUCAGUCCUCUCAGCUUCAUCAAAGACAAACUGAACACCUGGAAACAGAAGCUGAUGGAGAGGACUGUGGAGGACCAGAACCAGCCAGGAUCUCAGAUCCAGAGAGACAUUUACAACCAGAGUCUGAGGACAACCCCGGAGACUCUUCUGAACCUGACACUGAAGACAUUGCUGAUUUGAAGGAGACCAGAGAACCAGGUUCAAACUCUCAGAAAAAUAAACAAAACCCUGUCAGUGAUUCAAGACGUAGUGCAGGAGAGAAUACAUUUGGCUGCUCUUUGUGUGAGAAAACAUUUACACACAGAGGAAAUUUAAAUCGGCACAUGAGAACCCACACAGGAGAGAAAACAUUUGGCUGCUCUUUGUGUGGGAAAGAAAUUCGCAGCAAGUCAAAUCUAAAAGUACACAUGAGAAUCCACACACAAGAGAAACCAUUUAUCUGCCCAGUAUGUAAGAAAUAUUUUGCACAGAGAGGAGAUUUAAAGAAACACAUGAGAAUCCACACAGGAGAGAAACCAUUCAGCUGCUCAAUUUGUAAGAAAUCUUUUGCAGAUAGAGGAGAUUUAAAGAAACACACAAGAGUCCACACAGCAGAGAAACCAUUCAGCUGCUCAAUUUGUAAGAAAUAUUUUGCACAGAGAGGAGAUUUAAAGAAACACAUGAGAAUCCACACAGGAGAGAAACCAUUUAUCUGCUCAAUUUGUAAGAAAUAUUUUGCACGGAGAGGAGAUUUAAAGGAACACAUGAGAAUCCACACAGGAGAGAAACCAUUCAGCUGCAGAGUUUGUAACAAAAGAUUCACCCAGAGAUCUCGGGUCAAAAUCCAUAAGUGUGUUGGUUGUCAGUACUCUCAGCUUCAUCAAAACUUAAACUGAGGAGAACAGAGAGGCAGAGCCUCCAGCCAGCAGCUCAGCUGAACACCUGGAAACAGACGCUGAUGGAGAGGACUGUGGAGGACCAGAACCAGCCAGGAACUCAGAUCCAGAGACACAUUUACAGCCAGACUGAGGACAACCCUGGAGACUCUUCAGAACCUGACACUGAAGACAGGGCUGAUUGGAUGGAGAACAGAGAACCAGGCUCAAAUUCUCAGACAAAUAAACAAGACCCUGUCAGUAGGCUUGUUUGAGACAAGCGAGACCUGCGCAGACCUGCGCAAUUUCGAUCAACGUCUUGCUAGUGCGUUGCAUGAUGGUUAGUCAUUUUGUCCGACUUGCUCUGGAGGC